AUGGGUUUUAUCUUGGUGCUUUCCUCCAUUUUUAUCCUCCUUCUCUCGUGGUGCAGCAGCUGCAUGAGCUUGGUGCAGUCACAAUCAGGAGGAUCAACAAAUGGAACAGAUAGACUAGCCUUAUUGGCCAUCAAGGCUCGCAUAUCCACUGAUCCCUUUCAUGUUAUGAGCUCCUGGAAUGACUCCAUCCCCUAUUGCGAGUGGCCCGGCGUUAUAUGUGGCGGUCGCCGGCAUCCAAAUAGGGUCAGAGCCUUGCGUUUACAGUCCAGUAAAUUGGUGGGGUCCUUGGCUCCAGAAAUAGGAAACCUCAGUUUCCUUCAAGAAAUUUCGAUCUACAACAACAGCUUCAAUGGUGAAAUCCCUCAUGAAGUAAGCUUUCUCUUCAGGCUUCGUUAUUUAAAACUAUUCAAUAAUUCUUUUGAAGGAGAAAUCCCAUCCAACAUAUCACGUUGCUCCAAUCUUAUAGAGCUCGAUCUAGGUUCCAACAAUAUUGUAGGGAAAAUUCCAAUAGAAUUUGGCACCUUGUCGAAGCUUCAAUUCCUUUCAAUCAAUGGCAACAAAUUGACGGGACAGAUCCCAUCUUCCUUUGGAAAUCUUUCUUCCCUUUACACCAUUUCUGCAGGAUCCAAUGAUUUUAGUGGAAGUAUUCCAGAUUCCCUUGGCCAAAUGGCAAGAUUAAUGAUUCUCGCAAUUGGUGAAAAUAAGUUGUCUGGUACCAUUCCUCCCACUAUAUAUAAUCUUUCUUCACUCACUGCUUUUGAUGUUGGAUUCAAUAAUCAACUUCAAGGGAGUCUUCCACCAAAUUUAGGCCUCACUCUUCCCAAUUUAUGGUGGUUUUCAAUUGCAAGAAACCAGUUUCAUGGGUCAAUUCCCAUUUCUAUAUCCAAUUUGUCAAAAAUCCAAACACUUCUUAUUGGAAAAAACCACUUUACUGGAAAAGUGGCUAUUAAUUUUGGAGGCCUAUCAAAACUCACUUCGUUCGCAUUGGACACUAAUCAUUUGGGAAGUGGAAAGGCCGAUGACCUGAAUUUUAUCAACACAUUGACCAACUGUAGUAGCUUAACAGAUUUGGUGCUUUCUCAUAAUUGGUUUGGUGGCGUGGUCCCCAAUUCCAUAGCAAACUUGUCGACCCAACUGAGAAUUCUUGAACUAUCCACAAAUCAAAUAUCUGGUAACAUCCCAGUUGGGAUCGAGAACCUUGUAAGCUUACAAAGUGUGGGCUUUUCUAGUAACUUGCUAGAAGGGAGUAUUCCCACUUCAAUUGGAAGACUGCCAUGGCUAUAUGGACUCUAUUUAGAUGGGAACAGAUUCACAGGGCCAAUCCCUUCUUCUCUUGGAAACUUGACACUCUUGAUUGAGCUCUCUUUAGGUGAUAAUCGCUUGCAAGGAAGAAUACCUUCAAGUCUUGGAAACUUGACACUCUUGAAUGCUCUCGCUUUAAAUGAUAAUCGCUUGCAAGGAAGAAUGCCUUCAGGUCUUGCAAGAUGCAAAUAUAUGUUAUUCUUGGACAUAAUCGCUUGCAAGGAAGAAUGCCUUCAGGUCUUGCAAGAUGCAAAUAUAUGUUAUUCUUGGACAUUUCUAGUAACAGUUUCAAUGGUAUCAUCCCCAAAGAGAUAUUUUAUCUCUACACGUUAG